AUGGCAAUCGAGAUAUCAUUUCCGCCAGAAAUCGACGAUCCCGGCAAGGAGAAUAUUUCUUCGGGUGAUGGCGCUGCAUAUUUCCUGGUGGUUCUCACAAUCAAUACGAUAAACGCAAUCACGUUCACCCAUGCACGAAGUAGUCGCAAGCAAUGGUUCGCCGCUCUGAGUGAAGUACUCGGUUCCAUUGUUGUCUCUCGGCUGGUAUUGAACCUCAAAGGGCUGAGUGUCUCAACUCAAGACUUCUCCUCCACUUCGGCCGCGGAGAAUAUAUACGACACUCAUGGACCGUCGCGCGUCCGGUCAGCAUGUCGGAUCACGUCUCAUAAUCAGGAUUGA